AUGAUACUAGACUCUAGGUCACCUCCUUCACCACCACCGGAAGACGAUCCACAAGCGGGCUGUAAGCUAAUGGAUACGUUUGGCAUAAUCGUACAACUGUGCUUAGCUGCAGCUGCCUUUUCAACCUUGAUUUAUAAACGACAAAGAGAAAAGCCCAGACGACCUUUAAGAAUAUGGGGAUUUGACGUUAGCAAACAGUUAGUGGGCGGAAUCAUUGUUCAUUCGCUCAAUGUUGUAGCAGCUGUCUUUUUUGGCAUUAAUCCCGAGGAAGGUGUCAAGGCAAAUCCAUGUGUUUGGUACUUUCUCAACAUACUAGUCGAUACAACACUUGGCGUCGGGAUACUGUGGCUCAUAUUGACAGGAUUUAAACAUGCGAUUGCCAAGUUAGGAUGGGUGGGAUUUCAGAGUGGCAUUUACGGUGAUCCACCUUUCACCCAACAGCUUAAGCAUUGGUUAAAACAGCUGGCUGUCUACAUCAUUAGCUUGAUGCUUAUGAAAGUUAUUGUCGUCGUCCUAUUUCACCUAUGUCCAUGGAUAGCUGAUUUUGGAGAGUGGGUUUUAGAAUGGACCUUGGGCAAUUAUAGGCUACAGGUUGUAUUCGUGAUGCUCAUCUUCCCUCUCAUCAUGAAUAUUCUGCAGUUUUGGGUCAUUGAUACCAUUGUGAAGCACAAAUCUGACAAGGACAGUUCUACAACCAUUCGACUACAAGCAGAUGAAGAAGAUGCACAGAGGUUACUGAGGCAUGAUGAAAGUGAAGAAGAAUCCUUGUCGAGAAGCACCAUACAGGAACCACCGCCAAAGUACAGCAUGGAUGACAGCGGCUCAUUUUUAAGUGUUCAUGAUUUCCAGCAAGCAUCAUCGUCCUCACCCAUUCAUGGAAACGAAUAUGAGCUUGAAUCAAAGCAUUGA